UCUGUUUUGUUUGUUGUACGGUUAAAAACAAAAAACCACUGUGCCUGUGGCCUUUUUCUCUAGUCUAGACCCCGCUCCCAGCCACCUCAACCCUCAAAGGUCUUAUUUUUGAAUUUUCAGAGAAAACAGAAUCCCCAAAUUUCUGGUGCUCGUUGAAUUGGAGUUUCUCCCUCUCUACACAAGGCAUCAAUUUCAGGUGUUUUUGCUGUUCUUCCUAUGCACUUGUGUGGAUUCGCUUACAUAAAUGUCGAAUAGCACCGACAGAAUUAGUGAUACUCCCUUAAAUGUGGAGGAACUUGUUCAACUUGGAACAACAUAUAGAGAGCUUAGAAAAGAGAAGGAUGUGUUGGAAAGAUCCCAAACCCAAGGCUUUCAACUAAUCCGGAUAAUGGAACAACAUGGGAAAUCAUUGUUAGAAGCUCAUAAAGAAGACAAGAAGACCAUUGAGAGGUUGGAAAAAGAGCUGCUUAAUUGUUCUCAAGAAAUUGAUUUUCUUCAGGAUCACCUCAGUUCAAGGAACACAGAGGUGAACAACCUAGAAGCUCGUGUUCUCGCCCUUGAAAUGAAAUUGGAGGAGAUGGAAUAUUUACAAGAAGAGGUUUUCAGCUUAAGGGAGGAGCUGCAAAAUUCCAAUUCAAAGCAAGCAUCACUAAUACACGAAUUAGAGACUAAAGAAGUGGAAUUAGAGAAGUCAGCUUUGUUCAUAGAGAAACUGGAGGAAUCGAUUUCAUCUCUGGCAUUAGAGUCUCAACUUGAAAUAGAGAGUAUGAAACUAGAUAUGAUGGCCUUGGAACAGGGUCUUUUUGAGGCCAAGAAAUUCCAAGACGAAACCUUAGAAGAAAAUAAUAGAAUGGGUAGAUUGGUUGAUGAACUCCAGUUUGCAUUUGAGGAUGCACAAAAAAACAUCAUCUCUCUAGAUGAGGAAAACAAGGAUCUUAGAAAGAAGCUCGAGACCGCCACCAUGAACACUCGAAUGUUUUCCCAAAAGGUUGAAGAGUGGCUGGAAAACAAGGAAAUUUCACAAAUAAAGAAACAGUCAUCCUUGAGUUCAUUACCUUGUAAUUCAACCAUAUCAGAAGAUGUAAGCACUUAUGGAGGAGUAUUGGGUCCACUCCUUGGAAGAUUGACAACAAUCGUAAAUCCAGCUGCAGAUUUAAAAGGGAAGAUGGAGAUGUUACGUCAAAUCCAGGAAUAUGAAUUUCUUGUGAAUAAACUUAAGGAAGAAUUGCGAGUGGAAAAGUUGAAGGCCAAAGAGGAAGCAGAGGACUUAACUCAGGAAAUGGCUGAGCUGCGGUACCAACUUACAAAUUUGCUUGAAGAAGAAUGUAAGCGCCGUGCUUGCAUUGAACAGGCAUCACUGCAAAGAAUUGCCGAGUUAGAAGCACAGCUUCAAAGGCAGCUCAAAAUCCAUUAAUUGCUGUCAGACAUCUCCUUGAAGGGUAGAGGAUGGCAUUUUUCAAAGUCUAUUCAGGUUCAACGAUGGAUAAUGUACUUAAACGGGCAAGAAAAUUGUUACAUUGUGGAGACUGCUUUUUCUCCAAAGGCAGAAUAAAAUCUAGGAUGAUUCUUAGGCCUGGUCUCAAAUAUUCGUUUGAAGCCAAAACAAUGAAUGUUGAUCUCAUAGAAGAGAACAGAUCAACUUUAACUGAAGUGUAAUUGUUGGAUUGGGGUAGUAAUUGUACAUGGUCAACCAAUGAAAUGUUGUUAGCAUAUUUGAGUUCAUGUUUUCUGUUGAAUAAUUAUUAGAAUAAUGUUAUAUAUUUAAGUGUUUUUGUUAAA